AUGCCAGACGACGACUCUCGCCGACCCCCCGAGGACCUGGCAGAUGAUGAUCUCCUCGACGCAGACGAUGCAGCCGAAGAGAUACCGGAAGACCCCGAUCACCCCAUGGACGAGGAUGAAAAUCUAGAAGAAGAGGAAGAAAUUCAACUACAAAAUGACUCGGUCGCCCAUUUCGACAAUCACACAGACAGCAUCUUCUGCAUAGCACAACACCCCACGAACCCCUCCAUUGUGGUGACAGGUGGAGGUGACGAUGUCGCAUACCUUUUCGACGCCUCCAUACCCGAGUCUCAGACAAACUCUCAACUCCAGGAUGAAAGACAGAGUAUACCGCCCAUUCAGAAAUUCGAUGGACACACUGACUCCGUCAACGCCGCGUCGUUCACAUAUCCUCGAGGCGAAUACGUCGUGACGGCGGGCCUGGAUGGGAAAUUACGAGCGUGGAAGAGUGACGACGCCUCGGGGAAAAGAUGGACAUUUAUGGCAGAAGCGUCCGAAGUGCAAGAGAUAAACUGGGUGUCGGCCUGCCCGGAUCCCGACCAGGAAAAUGCCAUCGCCCUCGGCGCCGGCGAUGGCUCGGUCUGGGUCUAUCAGAUCAAUGCGGCGGACGAAGCAAGCCCCCUGACCAUCGUACAAGCAUUUUAUUUACACACUGCAUCCUGCACUGCUGGUGCAUGGACACCGGAUGGAAAGCUCCUAGCUACUGUCUCUGAAGACGGCAGCUUGUACGUCUGGGAUGUGUUCUCCACGGGCCAGGCAGUCGUGUCUUUUACUGCCGCGGACCAACGGUUUGAAGUCGAGGGUGGCCUGUACAUCGUAGCGUGUACAUCUUCCAUGGUCGCAGCAGGCGGAGCAGAAGGACACAUCAAAGUUGUAGGCCUGCCUCAACCAGCAGACCCCACCUCAAAAAGUGCAAAGGGUGGCAGCGGUGGAUCCCGCGGCCCAGCCUCGUCGGCCGGCCAGAUUCUGGCAUCGCUACAAGCCCAAAGCGAUGGCGUCGAAACGCUUUCGUUCUCCUCGCCCCCACUCAACCUCCUCGCUGCCGGCAGUGUGGACGGAUCCAUCGCCUUGUUCGACACAGCACACCGAUUUGCCGUAAAGCGGCACAUCAAAGAAGCACACGAAGACUACGCGGUUGUGAAGGUCGAUUUCGUCCGUAAUCCACAACGCGGAUGGUGGAUACUGACGAGUGCGGGCAUGGACGGCGUCGUACGGCGAUGGGACGUCCGAGGCGGAACCGCCGCGGCAAGCCAGGGACUUAUCGACGAGUGGAAAGGACACCGAGGCGAGGGUGAGGGUGGAGGCGUCCUGGGCUUCGUGCAAGGUGGAGGAGGCUCGAGGAUCGUGACUGCCGGCGACGAUGGUGUUGCAUUGGUGUUUCGUGCGGAUGUCGCAUAG